AAGCACAGGUAGUGGGGCAAACUGGUGGUGGCGGGAAGCAGCAGUCAGCUGACGGGACCACCACACGUCAACAACAAUACCACUCUUGCUACCUUCAGGCCCGUCUUCUUCCCUCACACGUCCCGCUAGCAUGGACGGGGUGCAGACGAGUGUCCUGGAGAGGAGGGUAAUGCACAGGAAGCUUUACAAGAACGCUCGCGGUAAAGCACCGCCUUGGAAAGAUGUGUAUCGCAAGCGGUGUGUGGAACGUUUGCGGUCAAAUCGGUCCCAGCUGGUGGAACACUUCCGUUCAGCUGGGGAUGCGAUGAACAACAACCCCACAAAAAUAGUGCAGGAUGUGAUGGAGAUAGAGUGGGCUGCCAUGAAUCAGGGCUGUAACUUGCCGCCUCUGAAGAAAAGUCUGGAUGAUUCAGGAGCAGAAGACCAGACGAUGUUGUUGGCCGUUAUGGAGGAAAUCCACCAUGAACUCGUCAGUGAAGAAGAAAAAUUGCUCAUAGAAGUUCUGAACUAUGAUGCUGCUGCUCUGGCAAGUCAAGUUGCUAUGCAGCAGUCUGAGGAGGUAAUCUGCCCUGUGUGUCAGGUCCAUUUACAGAUGCAUGGAUUACAGGAGUCACUCAGAGGACCAAAUGAAAUGAUCUAUAAACCAGGUUCUGGGCCGAAUAUCCUUGUAAACUGUUCCUGUGGCUUAGCUCUACAAGGAGCCAAUCUCACACUAAAUACAGUAAAAUCAAGCCUAGAAAACACUGUAUCUCACCAUGGGCAGACUUGUGUGGGGCAGAUGUCCUUCACACCAACAACAGACACGCAAGGCGCUAACGUACUCAUCACUUGCAGCGUCUGUGACUGGAUGUCUUUUCUCUUGUAGAAGUUGGUCAAUCAUUCAAGAGUAUCUUCAGAUACUGUAUAGCCGCAUACACCAUUCCACUGAUCAGAUUCGGAAGAUGGCUGUGAUUAGAUCCCAGUUAAGUAAUUUUUUUUAAUAAUUACUGUUUUCUAUAACUCUAAUAUUACUAGUGAUUUAGGAUAGUGUUUGGUGUACCAUAAACCAAAUUUGCAUUUCACUUACAAAGGUUAGUGUGUGUCACAUUUUCACCAUUUGAAUUAUGUAAGUGUAUAAUUUUAUUUAUUCUUAUAAUUAAAGUUUCAAGAACACUGAUAUUCUAUACAGUAUUUACUAUCUAAAAUAAUUGUUACACUAAGGAUUCUAAGUUAAGGCAAAAAUAUUAAAUAUGCUUGUAUGGAUUUUUACCCCUUUUAUCAAAUUGCAUUUCCACUACUAUGUUGUUUAUUGAAGUUGAGGAUUUUAUUUUUCUUGCACAGUACCUUUUCUUCUUAAGGUUACAAAGUUGGUCUCAUAAGUGUCCAUCUUAUAACAAGUCUUACUAUUAUUUUUGAGAGGUUUAUGUAGAGUCUGUGUGUGUGUUGAAUGGUGGAAACCCCAUGACAGGACUCUCAUGAUUAGCUGUGAAUCAAGUUAUUUGCCAGAUGUUUACAAUGUGUACAGUUUUAUGUUUUGUGCCUUUAAGAGGCCCCAAGUGAUUGUUGCUUAGAACACAUUUUCACAUUUAUAUUCCUUAAAUAUUUAGUAAUUAAAACUAAGCAUGGCUGUUCUGAAUAAAGUUUCAAAUAAGGAAUAAUUUUUUUUUAACUUUUCAAACAAGUAUUCUAAUCUUUAGAAAGAUUGAAGUUGUAGAUAAUAUAAAGAUUCAAUUGUUUCCUAACAAUACAAAAAAUAAUUUUAAUUAAAAAAAAAAUCCAUAACUUUUUUCUAGAAUAUCCUCGGUUUCACUUGUAAAUCCUGUUGAUUUGUUUAAUAUGUGAAAAUAGAUUCAAUUGAAUGACAACCGAUUUUAAUAUAAAAUCUUGAAACAAUUUUAAGAUUUGAAUUUUCCUACCAAAAAUAUAUUUCUUUUUGUACUUUGCAGUAUAUUAAUUUGCUCAUCACUUUCUAUGCAAAGUCAGAUAGGAAUGUCUUCACAAGAAAAAGAAAUGUGAUGCUGCACUGGAUAAAUUUCAUUAAAUCUUUUGACUCUGAGAAAAAUAUAAUACAGAAAUGCAUUAGUGUAGUUAUGAAUCUUCACUCAAGAAGAUAUUACCAUAGUUGUACAUUACUUAAGAGGAAUGAUAUCUGCCUUUACUACUUUUUAUGAUUUUCUUGUUUUAUGAAUACUUUUAUGUAUUCUGCUGAUACAUGCAUAAAGUACAUAUGCACACGUACGUGGAGAGUAAGGAAAAGCCUCUUUCAUUACCUUUGUGUUGCAGUUUUUUCCAGUGCUUAGUUCCUAAUAAAUUUUUGUGUUGCUUCAACCCUGAAACACAUGUUGAUUUCAUGUAGCGCUUCCAUUGAUAAUGUGUAAAUUUUUUAGAUAUUUCUGGUGAGAAAGGUUGAAGAGAGGGUAUUUAUUUGGUCUACACAUGCCUUUAUCAUGAAUACUAUAUGAAUUUUCAAUAUUGUAGCCCUCAGUGGACAAUUGAGGGUUAAAAUUGUGUAUAUUUGUAUUUUUGGUCUAGGUUCAUUUUAGCCUUCAAAAAAUGUGUAUUUUAAAUAUGCUUUAGUGUUGUAUAGUGUGUAGCAUUCACUGAGAACUUAUUUAGUGAAAUAAAUAAUUAAAAAUGUCAUUCCUAUUUAAAUUGAAGUUUAAGGGUGUAGGUACUGUGUUUAAAUUUCAUUUGAAUAUUUGGUUCUCAAUAGCUUUGCUAUAACUGGAAAAAAACACAUGUAAAGAGUAGUACAUUUUCAUAGUCUCGAAUAUUAACUUCAUUAUUCAUUCUAAUAAAAUAAUACAAUAUUCAUGCAUGCACAAUUUGUUUAAAUGUAUAAAAUUGUUGUAUGUAUAUACAUUCAAAAUGGAUUUUGAAUUUCUCGGUGUUAAAUGUAUACUUUUGGUGUCUUGUGUAUGAUUUUCAGUCAAGUUGCCUUUUAAAAUAUAGGUGUUAAAACUGUAAUAUACUAUUGAAUCUCAAGAAUUCUACUGAAGGAAUAAUUAUCAUACCAGUACCAAUCUUUUAUAAAAUUAUGUUGUUUCCAAAAUUGGGUCAGCUUCUGCUAUCCUUUUUUUGGUUAAUGUGCUAUUGAAGACUGCUGUUUCUUUACACAGAUAUUCAUCUGAAUUGUUAAAUAAAUCUAUUAAUUAAGUGGUGGGCAAACUCCUUGCACAAUAAAAUUUCACCUGCAGCUUCCAGCGGGUAAAAUAUGCUAGAGUAAUAUUAAAUCAACGUUACCAACGUUGAUUGUAUAUUAAAUAAGUCUUUUGCCCAGAUUUGCCUAGGGUAAGGUAUCAAGUCAAUUUGGAGUGUGGUGCACAGAGUAAAAUAACUUAAAUUUAUUAAGCUCUGGCAUAAAAAUUUGCUAAUAAGUUAGCAUAAAAAUGAAUUCGAUGACUAGUGCCGGUAAUGAUUUCAUUUUUCUCAGCAGAUUGGAUGUGUGGUUUUCAGUCAAAAAGCAUUUGAAUAUGUAUUGUAUUUACAUGCACAAAAUUAUGUUUCUCUACAAAAAUUACUUUAAAAAUAUUUUCAUUAAAUGCACGUUGAAACAGGCUGAAAACUCACUAUCCAUGUAAAUUGGAUGCGUCUUAUUUGCUUGCAAAUACAGUACAGUAUUUUGUUGUAUAUAAUUUUGCUGAGCAUUCUUAGUUGGUGAACUGUGCUUGUUUACCAUUUUGUUUUUCUCAUCUUGUAAUUAGGAUUUUAAAAUGAAUAUACUGUAAUUCAGAUUUUAUGAAUCGUAAUAUUGCAAGUAUUAAACUGGCAAAUAACGCUGUACAGUACUGGUAUUUAAAAAAAAAAAAAAUGCAUAUUAAAUGUCAUGCACACUUCCGUGGAAAUAAAUGGAAGUCGAAGCUCUAUCGACUUCGUCGAUAGAGCUUCGGCCUCACGCGUGGGGUCCACGGUUUGAGUCUCCUACAGCCCAAGUGAAUGGAAUAAAAUGAAUAAUUAAUAAUUUGAUCAUAUUCAAAAUAUACCUUCAAGACCAUAUAAUUUAAUACUGACUUUGUAACACCAUGCAAGUGUUACAAAUGAAUUUAUUUUUAAAUUUUCUUUAAAUAUGUUCCUCCUCUUGGAAUACUUAAAUUGUACUAAAAACCUUGGCUAAAACUUUGGUACACUUUACAAUCAUACAUUGUGCUAUGUUGAUUUAGGAUUCUGUAGUCUCCUUAUGGUAAUUUAUGGAACUUUAUAUAAUUAUAAUUUUUAGUUCACAUGUAUGCAUGUGUAGUAUCUUGACCUUUAGCGCACAGACAGACAGACGGACAGAUAGAGUAGGACCUUAGUGUACUGGAUACUGAAGCCUGUUGGAAGGUUUCAGAUUUACUAAUGUAUGCAAUACUUAGGGGAGUAAACACUUGUUCCUGAUAUUAAAGUACAGUAUCAGUUUUUUUUUUUCAUUUUACAUUAACUCUUGAGUGGUUUUUUAUACGCUGCUUUUUUUUAACACGUCUUUCUUUCUCUUCCAUGAUAAUGGGAAAAGGUUAGUGAUAACGACUUGACAAAAUGUACAGGCUAAGAUGCACACCAGGGCAGUCAGUUGUCUGUCUUCAUCUUAGUGGUAGUGCUAAGAUACAUAGUUUUUUUUUUUAUGGGUUUGACAAAUUUAACUUGAAAGAUAAUUAGAUACAUACCAUGUUUAUUUUCAUGUCUAUGCUAUAUGUUUGAAACCCUUACUGGUGUUGGCAAGCCAAAAUGAAUUAAUUUAUUGAUUGCUUCAUCUUCUUUAGGCGAUAUUUUACGAGUGGUAUAUGCCAAGAGUUUUCCCAAGUGUAUUGAUUCUUUACAUAAAAUUUGUAUUGAUGUUUUUGUAUUUUCAUGGCUUCUGUGAACUGUGAUUUAUAUAAUUAGCCUUUAUCAGUGUUUUUACUAUUGUACAUCCUUAAUUAUUUUGCCAACACUGUACUAGCCUAAUUGUGCUUGCGGGGGUUGAGUUUCGGCUCUUUGGUCCUGUAAAGUCCUAUUUAGUAUUAUACUGUGUGAUAUUUCAGUCCCAUUUUGCCAAUACUGCAUGAUACUAAGUGUACCGGUGGUGCUGAUCCUGUCAGAUGUUAAGUAUAACGCACUGACAACGAUAUUAAGUGUGCCAAGUCACCAUUUAGUUUUAUUAAAUUGGACUGUCUGCAACUUAUGCAAUUUUUUAAUGUGCUCCAGUGAUAGUCAUAAAUACAUCAUUAUUAUUAUUAUAAGUA